GCAUCAUGCCUGGCCCAGCUAAGCACGACCUCUCUACCAGCACCAUGCCCUCCGCCUCUGCGCCGUCCAUCACUGCCCGCCUUGCUGGCCUGCCCGCGUCCGCGGCGGACAUCUUCACGCCGUCCGACAUUGUGCGCGUCGUCGAGGUCGCUAAGAAGUAUGACGAGCCUGAGGGAACCCCCAUCACCCGUAUCCCCGAGUACACGCAGCCCGGCGGCCCGAACAACUACCACUGCAGCAAGAUCGAAGUCGCGUGGACGCAGGGCUUCUUCCCCGGCCUGCUGUGGCUGCUUGUCGAGCGCGAGCGCCUUGUUCCCGGCACGCUUGCCGCCGCGGGCUACACCGAGGAAGAAGUCGUCGCCUUCGCGCGCAGGUGGCAGGGCAGCUUCCGUCACCUGGCGCGCCAUGCGAUCAACCACGACCAGGGGUUCCGCUUCCAGCUGCCGUUCGGGCGCGACCUCGCGCUGACGGGCGAGAAGAGCAACGUUGCCGUGCUUGUUGAGGCGGCCGACUCGCUCGUCGACCGGUACGACGAGCGCGUCGGCUGCAUCCGCUCGUGGGACACGAUGCUCAAGGUCGGCCUGCCGGACAUCUACCGCCGCGACAACACGCACGAGCACUACCUCGUCAUCAUCGACAACAUGAUGAACCUCGACCUGCUGUACGAGGUCGCCGACCUGACCGGCGACAGGAAGUACGCCGAGAUUGCCACCACGCAGGCCGAGAAGAUGAUCAAGGGCCACAUCCGCCCCGACGGCACAACGUACCACGUCGUCAACUUUACCCAGGACGGCGAGGUCGACAAGCAGAUGACGCACCAGGGCUACGCCGACGAGUCGUGCUGGGCCCGCGGGCAGGCGUGGGGCAUCUACGGCUAUGCCCAGUGUGCGCUGCGUACCGGCCGCAAGGAGUUUGUCGACGCGAGCAGGCAGCUGGCGGAUGCGUUCAUCAAGCGGCUGCCCGAGAGCGGUGUUCCUUGGUGGGACUUUGACGCGCCCAAGCCCUGCCCCUACGACGCGUCGGCGGGCACGAUCGCCGCGCGCGGCUUCCAGAUGCUCUACGAGCUGCUGCUGCCCUCGGACCCCGCAGCGGCAGAGUACUACCUCGCGGCUGGGUUCAAGCUCAUCGACGACACUGUGCGCGAGUGCGCGUCGCCCGCGGCGAGCGUCAAGAACGGCGCCGUGAGCUGGGGCGAGGGCGGGUGGGAGACCAUCCUCCAGCACUCGACGAUCAACGGUAACCAGUACUCGACGCGCAAGCUGCUCGACCACGGACUGGUGUAUGCCGACUACUACUAUGUCGAGUUUGCGAACGAGGCGUUGAAGCUCAAGGCCAAGCUGGCGAAGGCGUAGAGGACGUGCGUGGGGCAUGUUGAGAUUGUAGAGUAUGCAGUGUAGUUUGUUUG